GGUGCCUCGGCGUUCUACUCAUUCUGCCUUGCAGCUCCAGCCGGUGGCGGGGCGCGGGUGGGGUAAACGGCGGCGAGGGCGUUGCAUCGGUUGGUCGGGGAUGGAUUAGGCUGGCCUGGGAAGAUGGCCUCCUCGGAGCAAGCGGAGCAGCCCAGCCAGGCUGGCUCCUGCCCUGCGACUGAAAAUGCAGCAUCUCGGGAGCCGCUGAUUGUGACAGCAGUGAAGUUUUUACAGAAUCCACGAGUCCGCCAAAGUCCUAUUGCAUCCAGAAGAGCAUUUCUGAAGAAGAAAGGCCUGACAGAUGAAGAAAUUGACCUGGCUUUCCAGCAGUCGGGCACAAGCACGGAUGAGCCACAGUCCCCAGGUCUUUCUACACAAGUGGUGUCAGCUCAGCCCUCUCACCCAGUGGUGUAUAGUCCACCUGGCUCCAGAUGGCGAGAUUAUGGGGCUUUGGCUAUCAUAAUGGCAGGAAUUGCCUUUGGGUUCCACCAGCUCUACAAGAAAUACCUGCUUCCUCUCAUCAUGGGAGGCAAAGAAGACAGGAAGCAACUUCAGAGGAUUGAGUCCAACAUCGCUGAGAUGAGUGGCAGCGUGACACAGACAGUGACUCAGUUACAGACAACUUUAGCAGCUGUCCAGGAGCUGCUAAUUCAGCAACAACAGAAAAUCCAGGAGCUCACUCAAGAACUGGCUGCUUCUAAGGCCACAACUUCCACCAACUGGAUCCUGGAGUCACAGAAUAUUAAUGAAUUGAAAUCUGAGAUCUACUCAUUAAAAGGCCUUCUCCUGAACCGGAGGCAGUUCCCUCCCUCCCCUUCGGCUCCUAAGAUCCCGUCAUGGCAGAUCCCAGUGAAGCCAAGCUCACCCUCCAACCCUGUUGUUGCCAACCAUAACAGCAGCAGUGACAUCUCCCCUGUCAGCAACGAGUCUACCACCUCAUCACCAGUCAAGGAGAACCACAGCCCUGAGGGCUCAAAGGUCAGCUGCCAUCUCCUGAGCACGGAGGAGGGCAACAAGGCAGUGAUUGACGUCAAGAGCCAAGUGCGGAUGGAGGUGCAGGGGGAGGAGGAGAAAAGGGAAACCAAAAGGAAUGAAGAGGAGGAAGAGGACGAUGAGGAUGAUGAUGUUAGCCAUGUGGAUGAGGAGGAAUGUCUGGGUGUCCAGACGGAGGACCGGCGAGGAGGGGAUGGUCAGAUUAAUGAGCAAGUAGAAAAGCUACGAAGACCUGAGGGGGCCAGCAAUGAGAAUGAGAUUGACUAAGACACCCUGGCUUCUGCUGCUGCUGCUGCUGUACAUCUUCCCUAGGCUCCUGCACUGUCCCCGGUGCCUCUCCCAUUUUGAGGAGAGAAGUGCCACCAUCCUCUCCCAUGAUCCUUCCAUGACUGACCUUGAGCAGGGUCAUGAUUGCCCAGUGAACAAGGUGGGCCCUGUUUCACCACAGGGCUUUGCAGCGUUGCAGUGGCUUCUUCUCCCCUCCCAGACCUUCUGCCCAUGAGCUGGGGGCAUUGCCUAGGCUGGAAGACCAAUCGCCUUACCAUGCACCACAGCUAGAGAGUCAAUUCUCUACAUAAACACCAUCUCUCCCAAAGCAGCCAGCCUCUUCGCUGCCUCCUAGUCCUCUCCAAUUUCAGAAACCAGUCUGUCCUGAGCUUUUUGAUUUCACCAGCCUUUAAUCCCCACAAAAGGCCCAAACCAGUUCUCUGUUUCCCAAAAUAACCCUCUGGUUUAUUUCUCAAACUACUUGAUAUUCUGUUGCCAAAAAAAGAACGUUUUAACCCUGAAUUCCUCACCAGAUCUCAGUCUUGGCUCUCCCAAGCCUUAUGUCAAGCCUCAAAUUCCUGAAACUACCUAGUAUCUAAAAACACUAAAUUUCUGUGGGGUCCAAAGAACACUGUUUCCACCCCACAUACUUCCACUCAUCAAAGUGGCCUCUUGCUAGAGACCAAGCCCAGGUUUCAUGGCCACAGUAAAAUCCACGAGAACAAGUGGCUUUGUUACUGAUUGCUCGCCGGUAAAAGAAGGUUUAAAAGAAGCUGACUCCACUCGUCCCAGUUAUUACCCUUCCUCCUCCAAAGGCAAGACGCUCACAUCAACUUUUGACUAGUAGCCCUGAAUUAAUACAAGGUGAUAUCAGAUGCUGAAACAGUUGAUUCAUUCUGAAUCUUUGCAAUGGUUUUUAGCUCCCUGGAUGAGGAGAAAAUCCAUCUUAAAUGACCAGUGACUCCUUCAGCAAAGCAGUCUCUACAGAAGACAGUUCCAGCUCUGAGGUGUUAAGCACUGGCCCUUCUUGCCCAGUCCAGCCUUUUCUUGCCCCACUGGGGCUUUACACAAAUGAAACCAGUGAAUUUUGAAACCUCUCAUUUGCAGCAUUGUGUUCUCAGGUGGUAAAAUGGUGGUGUCCAAUUAUAUUAUUCACUGCAUCAGAGCCUCUUAGCAGAGCAAUUCUUGUAACAACUGAGUCUCACUGUCCUCACCAAGCAAGUGUGCUCGUCUGUGUGAUCAUGUAUAGAUUUCAAAUAUAAAAUAUGAUUGUAUAUAAUUGUAAUAAAUAUGAGUUACCACUAUUUAA